UCUUCCGCUGCGAGGUUCAAAGGACCCGCAGCAGCCGACAUGACAACGCUGAGGCCGUUUACCUGCGACGACUUGUUCAAAUUCAACAACAUCAACCUGGACCCUCUGACGGAGACCUAUGGGAUCCCGUUCUACCUGCAGUACCUGGCUCACUGGCCGGAGUACUUCAUCGUGGCUGAGGCUCCUGGUGGGGAACUGAUGGGCUACAUCAUGGGGAAGGCGGAGGGAUCCGUGGCCCGGGAGGAGUGGCACGGCCACGUCACCGCGCUGUCCGUGGCCCCGGAGUUCAGGAGGCUCGGCCUCGCUGCCAAGCUCAUGGAGAUGCUGGAGGAGAUCUCGGAGAGGAAGGGGGGGUACUUCGUGGACCUCUUCGUGCGGGUCUCCAACCAGGUGGCGGUGAACAUGUACAAGCGUCUGGGCUACAGCGUCUACCGGACGGUGAUCGAGUAUUACUCCGCCAGCAACGGAGAGCCGGACGAAGACGCCUACGACAUGAGGAAAGCUUUGUCCAGAGACACGGAGAAGAAGUCCAUCGUCCCGCUGCCGCACCCCGUCAGACCGGAGGACAUCGAGUAGCGGUCGCCGUGGCUCCCUGCACCCUCAUAACGUUAUUGUCAUAUUUAAUAUCACGGGCUAUUCACGUUGUACAUAGUCACGCUGUGACAGACCAGCUGUUGGUCCCAAAGAGGAUCAAUCACGGUUUCAUUUCCUGUACAUUCUCACGUUUUAUUAUGAAAAAUUGAUGUUUGUAUAAUGCAGAAAACACGUCGUACAAUAAACACUCAUCGGCUGCUUUGGUUUUUUUGUAAAAAAUAAAAUAAAAUAGCAAGAGUGGAGAGCUACUGUUUAUCUUC